GAAGCAUCUUAAUAAUAAAAUUGAAGUAGAGUAAAGGAGGGUAGUGUAUGGGGAACAUGAGUUGUGGUUCUUGCAUCUCUAAUGAUGUUAGUGUGGGGAAUAUUUUGAAGAAGAAAGGAAAAGGCAGAAAAACAGCGAUGUUGUUGUACAGGAGUGGAAACAGGCGAGAGAUCAAGCUACCCGCCAAAUGUGGGGAGCUCAUGAUCCAAGAAUUAGGCCACGUCAUCAGUCCGGUGGACGAAAUCCGCAGAACAGGUCGAGUUUCGGCUUUACUCGCCGAUGAAGAGCUUGUAGCGGGGAAGGUUUACCUGCUAUUGCCGGUGAAUAGGGUUCGUUGCAAGGCUUCAAAGAUGGAGAUGGGCAUUGCGGAGAAACAUAGUGUUAGUGCCCAAACAAAGAAGACAAAGGGAAAUCAAAUGCCCAAGGUUUCGCCGUCACUCAUUUCGAGGUCAAGUCAAAGGCUCGGACAAAACGAGGUUACCGUUUUCCCAAUUAAAAAGGUCAACCAAUUCCAAACACGCUGGAAUCCCCUUCUGGAUCCUAUCUCCGAAUCCCCCUCACCUCUCCACCAAUUUGGCCCACAAUUUUGAUCUUCA